AUGGGACUGUGGUCCUGGAAAACGCAACACAAUUCGCAUGCGCAACGCAAGUUUAUCGAACUUAUAUUCGAUCGAACUGGAAAGUAUGCCAACUGGGACCCACCCUCCGAAAUUCAGAUUGGAUCGUACGGAAGGAUCGACAAAGAUACGGGGAACUUGACCGUCGAAGGCAACAUCUACUCAGAUAACUUCAAGCAGUUCCUCAUCGAGGCAGGUAUCAACCCUGAAUCUGAUGAGCAUCAUGCCAAAGACUGUCCGGAUGAGUCUGAAUUCAAGACUUGGUCUAAAAACGUGAAAUGCAUCGACAUGAACGCCGAUGCUCAAGCAGGCGUGCCUGGGAUUGCCGCAGCAAGUAUCAAAGGGUCAUGGGAGGUUAAGAAAGGCACAACUGGCGCUGUCUUGCUCAUGAAUAACCCUCGCAUGAGGCACAUCACGCCCGACGUUCUUGGGAAACUUGCGAGCAUUAAACUUCUUCAGUCAAUGCAUCUCGUGACGAAGGUGUUUUAUUGUCCUGCAUUCUCCUUGUACCUCUCAGAUACAAGCGGCGAAAAGAUCAGUAUGGCUCUCCUGGCUUCCGCACCAGUUGUGGAACCCGUGGGCAGUCUUGAAGCAAAGGCUUCGUUUAAAUGGUGGAGUAACACACAAACUGGAUUAGCGCGCCACGGAUGCAAGAAGGAGCAUGUCUUUACACCCCUGUAUGAACUUUUGCAUGUCAGGCAACCUCGUAACAGGCGGUCGUCGCCAUCCCCAGAACGUACCGGCGAACAGUUGUGGACUGUCCCUCCCGUCCCGUGGGCACCUCUUGGCGAGGAUGGCACAGAGGUGCCGAUAUACAUCAACGUGAGUUAUCAGCAUCUAACUGGUCAAUUGUGUAGUCGAUCACUCUUUGCACAGGAUGGCACAGAUUCCAGUGAGCCUGAGGAAGAAUAA